CCAAGGAGGGAGGCAGAUUUGUCAAUGAAUCUGAUAUUUCAACUAUAUAAAGUCUACAUUUUUAUGUCGGUUGAAUUUUUUGUUUUUCUUGCUUGGGAAUAUAAUAUAUACAGGGACAAAUUGUGACAUAAUUUAUCAGAUGCUCCUUUAACUAUUCAUAGAAUGGUUAGCGUUUUAUUUGUGGCACUAGUGGUGACAGUCUUGUCGUCGGCAUUUGUCGCCGGUGAUUACGACUGUAUGUGUAAUUACAACGUCGAGAAGGAGGUUUUUCCGUCGGCAAGUGUGAAUGGACAACCGCUCGGUUAUCUGUACGAGUUUGACUGUAAGCCAAUGGUCACAACACAAGAUGCAGGAAAUACUUGGUACAAAAUCCAAUUUGAGAAAAAGCUAGGUUUCGUACAGAAAGACAAUCAAGUACGGGUGCAGGUUUGCCCUGGUCAGCCUCCUGCUAUGGAUCUAAUACCAGACACAACAAAAGCACCCAUUGUAACGAGUACCACACAAAAACCCACAACGUCGCCACCAUCAACAACUACAACCAGACCUACAACCUCUACAACAACAACGACGCCUACGACUACAACUACACCAACAACCACAAGAAGACCUACAACUACACCAACGACUACAACCAGACCUACUACUUCAACUACAACUACACCCACAACUACAACUACGCCCACAACAAUAACCACGCCUACAACUACACCAACGACUACAACCACGCCUACAACUACACCCACAACAACAACGACGCCUACAACUACACCCACAACAACAACCACGCCUACAACUACACCCACAACUACAACCACGCCUAAAACUACACCCACAACAACAACCACGCCUACAACUACAACUACACCCACAACAACAACCACGCCUACAACUACAACCACGCCUACAACUACGCCCACGACUACACCAUUCAAGUACUCUAGUAAUUACUGGACAACGGCAGCUAAUGUGAGCGGAACACCCUAUCAGUAUGUAGGAAUAUCGUACAACCUGUUAACUGGCUACCCUAACACACAACCCGACCCAGGAUUUAUGAUAAAGCGACGCAUCUUUCAGUUAACCGGAAACCCGACUUCCGUAAAGGAAGCUGUCUAUGAGAAACAGUCACAUUGUAUACAGCAAAGGAAACCGAUGCUUAUUUAUGGGUCCAAAGCCUAUCAAAAUGAACUCAAAGAGUACAUAAAAGCAAGUCCGGAACAUAAUGCUCACGUGACAGACUCGGCGUUUAUUUUUAACUCGAAAUUUCAUUCGCUGCGACAGUCCUUGGAUAGAAACAGCGGAAGCUAUAUAUACUUGCAUGCGCUGACAACCUGUAAACUCGGGAGCGUGAGGUAUACCACAGAAAAUGCUGCUUCAGGACAUUUCACGGUGUCCCGAGAGUUUGCUAAGGACGUGUGUUCGUUACCGGAAGGUUUUAACAGCCUUAGCAAUCCGAAGUAUAUGCAGUUCUUGGACAAAUGGGGAACUAGCAUAGUGACAAGUGUUGAUUUGGGAACGAAGAAAAUUGAUAGCUAUCAGACAUCUCCCAUUAAGGUGUACCAACACGUUCGACAAACGGAUGGAAAUUUAAUCGAACAAGGCGGUGCAUACAUGAAUUUCACAUCGUCAGCUACAAUCAACACCCACGAUUAUACGAACAGCAAAGCAUCCAAUGCUACAGCAGUUUUGGGGACAUUUGGAUAUCCUCACCAUGCAAUGAUUGGCACCCCAUCAAACCAAAUUCCGAUUGCGGCAGAACUGGUUCCCAUUAUAGACGCAUUAGAUCCAAAAUACUGGAAUCCAAUACUUGAUGAACUGGUGGCUGAAGGAAUAUGUAGUUCCUCUAUAUAUGACUCCGGUGUAGGAAGAUAUGGCUUCAGUCUAAAAAUAGCUCUCAACCAAUAUCCGGGUUACCUAGAUACAAAGACCCAUCAUGUUGCAACAAGUCCUCCACUCCUUGACCGUCAUACGAUACACGUGCCAAUCACGUGGCCUAUAGGUACCUAUGGGCUGAUAAAAGCGACCAGCGGCUGUCCAGCCGAUAAUGCACAUUGGUCGGAAGGCUACAGGAAACAGGAUACGGAGGACACAAAGGCACAAAACAUUUUUUCACCUGGCAUUCAGACCUAUUUAUCUGGUGAGUUCCAUGAAAGUGAUAUACUGACUAGAUACUGUAUGAAGACUAGCACACACAGCAUGUCUGGAAUACAGUACGACCAGUCUUGGCCCAAAGGCACAUACUGUAUUCUGAAGAAAAGCUUUUGCCCAUCUGGAUUUGGAAGUGGAUAUAUAUUCUGGGACGAUGAGAAUGUAAAUAACAAAAAUACUAAAGGUGGAACUCUACCAGACGGAACUUACGAUACAAACACAAAGACGUACUAUUGUUGUAGGAGCGAUGGAUCACCGAGUACAAAGAUUCUUUUACCAACAGACCGCCCAUUUAUAUUGGUGCGAUAUAAAAGAACCUGCCAGUCAGUGCACGGCAUGAAUGUACACGAACUUUUCGUUCAAUGGCACGAUGAAGAUGUGAACAAUUCUGACAGGUAUUAUGGGGUGCAUCCAAUGGACGAUGGAGGAAGCAAAAACCACAGGCUGCAUUACUGUUUCUAUCAGUCAGCAAGCGGAGGUGCUGCACUUGUUGGUUGAAAAUGUAUACUUUAUGCUUAUUGUGACAGCUUCAUAAAUAAAACUAGUUGU